AUGGGGAAUCAAAUAGGCUCGCUGGCCGUUGCCGCAUGCAACCGCUCACAUGAUGGCUCGCCAGCCCAGAUCGCUCAUCUAUCCGCAGAAAAGCAACCUCCCGCAGGAGGGCCACCGCAGUCGCUUCCUCCGCAACGCUCGCCAGCCGCCGCACUUUCCGCACGAGCCGAACAACUCAUAUCCAAUUCAGUGGCCGCAGCCACGCAACACACAUAUGCCCCGGGCUGGCACGCAUUCCGCAAGUUCAUGCAACAGAUUCACCGCGACCCGCUGUCACCGCGUCACGAUGACAUCCUGCUAUUUGCCGCUUCCAUGUCGCAUUCUGUCAGUGCCGGCACUUUGAAAGUAUACCUGGCCGCAGUCAGAUACAACCUCCUCUGCAGGGGAGGACCUGUCGAAGUCCUUCCAUCCAGCCGGCUCACCGCUCUGGUGAAAGGCCUGGAGAGAGAACGCGCAUCGCUCCCACGGCACGCAACUGCCCAGCCUCGGAGACAGGCUAUCACCGCCGUACAACUCAAGGCACUACAUCUUUUCCUGCAGCGUUCCGCUUAUAGCCCUGGCGACACGCUCAUGCUAUGGGCCGCAUUGACGACAGCAUUCCAUGGUCUGCUGCGAGUUAGCGAGUACACGUCCCCGUCGCCAGCAGGGUCGGGUACCCUGAAAACUCUCAGGCGCGCUCACCUCGUGCUCUCUCAGGCCACAGCCAGCUUACGGCUUCAACGCACGAAGACAUCGCAGCUGACAAGCGGUGGCGAGGUUGUGCUGCAUCGCCAUGCAGACCCGCAAAUAUGCCCCGUCCUGGCCCUCGAGGCAUACGUCAGAUCAUGCGCAUGGGGUAGUGACGAACAACCUCUCUUCAAGUUCGGCAAUGGACGAUGGCUCACGCCCAAUGACAUCAACGUAGUGUUGCGCAGGGUUCUGGGCCCCAGCUACAGUAGCCACUCCCUCCGUGCAGGUGGCGCAACGCACAUGGCGAACCAAGGUGCCCCGGAGUAUGCCUUGAUGGCAGCCGGGCGGUGGUCCAGCGGAGCUUACCGCACGUACGUUCGCAGGCCUGCAGGCAUGCCGCGGCGUUACUGA